AUGAUUUGUCCAACAAUUCAAAAAGAGAUUGUGGAGGCUUUUGCUAAAGAAACAACUAAAGCUGUCAUUGAAGAUUUGGAUGGUGAUUAUUUUGCAAUAUUGGUUGAUGAAUCAAAGGAUGUCUCACAUAAGGAGCAAAUGGCCUUAAUUUUGCGAUAUGUCAACAAAAGUGGAAUGGUGAUAGAGCGAUUCUUGGGUAUUGUCCACGUGGAUGAUACUUAUUCCUCGUCAUUACAAAAAGCAAUUUAUUCUUUGCUUUUGGAUCAUUCAUUAAGUAGAUCCAAGAUACGUGGGCAGGGCUAUAAUGGAGCUAGUAAUAUGCAAGGAAAAAUAAGUGGUCUCAAGUCUUUAAUUUUGCAAGAUACUCCCUCUGCAUAUUGUAUUCACUGUUUUGCUCAUCAAUUGCAACUAGCAUUUGUAGCUCUUUCUAAAAAGUAUUCGGAUGUGGAUAAUUUCUUUUAUGUUAUUACUAAUGUUUUGAAUACUAUUAUGUAA